AUGGCGGAUCAGUGGGGUUGGAUGAGGGCUGACUGUCGAAGUCGCGUGUCACAGCAGUGCAAGAAACGACCCGUGGAGCCCACCAAGGUCCUGAAAUAUGGGUGCAAGGGAAAAUCUGUAUUAAAACUCCCAGACGUCCUUUCUGAUUUGCAAGCCCUGUUCCACCGAACCAGCAAAAUCGCCAUGUUGCCAAAGAACACUCUCAAGGGAUCCGCUCAUGUUGGAGAAGGAGUCGCCUCGGAACCGCGCGGCUGCAGUCACCCGGAGCAGGCCAGCUGCUCCUGGCGGGCGGCGUCGGCGCCGGCGGGGGCCUCGGCGCCCGGGGCUCCUUCCGGGCUCUCCCGCCCGCCGGGCUUCCCCACCGGCUCCGGAGGCCAGCGGCGCGGCCCGAGCGAAGCGGCGGUGGGGCCACGUUGGGCGCCGGGCGGGAGCGGAGGCCGCGGCGGACCCCGCAAUCCCGCAGCCGGCGACUGGAUCCCACCUCUGCAGAGACAAAGGAGCUGCUCCAGAGAACACCAGCUGAAAGUAAAUGUCCUUGAGGGCCCCAGUAUUCUCCUCAUCAUUAAUGCAUGGGCAUGGUCAUCCAGCCUUCAGAACCUUCCUGAAAGAGAUGCCAGAAGAAUCAGCAAACACCAGGGAGGCAGAGGACACAAGCUUGGAUGUGAAAUAGCAACAUCUUAUGCACUGAAGAAUAAUAAAACAAUGUUUUUAAUUACAAAAGAAAAUAUGGCUUGUUUCAAUAGGUGAGGCCUUCCUGGAGAACAGCAGAGGA